GAGACAGCUUUCCUCGGAUUCCAGUUCUGUGAGAGCAGCCAGGGUCCGCAUAGAAUGAUUGUGCUCAGCAAGAGAGCAGUGCAAUGGGUUUACUCUCUGAUACUUUUUUGUAUUGUGCUAAUUUCCUGGGGUUACGUCCUCUAUGCAACAAGACUUGCAGCAUUAUGGCAGUUGCAGAAGAAAUAUCCAGAUCAAAUCACUGUGUGAAAAUAUUGAAAAACCAGGCAGAUUCUGCUUAAAUCAAAGUUUUGCACUUCAUCAGCCUAUGGCUGAAAACCUAUAUACUGCAGGAUAUAAUAUACUUCUUAUCCUACGUCCAAGAAGAAAUGGUACUUGCAGGACAUCAUCACAGUGUCACUUUGUUAAAGUGGACAUUUUAUUCUUUCAAAAACUGUUUAAGUAUGGUCUGACAUUAUCAAUGUAUUAAAAAAAUUACAUGAAACCUCAAACAUGUCAAGGUGAGGUUAGAGAAGAAAAUAAAAUGCUGUUUUAGAAAUGUGUUAACA